ACAAUUGUUUACAAUUACUUUUUACAUUGAGCCCCAGUUCAUAUGGAAAUAUGCAGCCUACAGUGAAUAAACUAAAUAGCUGAAUUUGUAUGGACUUGGUGUGGUUACACAGUCUACCCUGUUUUUCCUGAAAGGCUAUAUGGCUGACUGGACAACUGGUGAGCUCAUAAUAUCACAUAUACCAUCGAUAUAAAACAUCAUUAAUUUAGAGGGACAGAGAAACUAGAAAUCCACAUGCAAGGAACAUCGCUUUCUGGAGAUUUAGGUUUUCGCAAUGGAUUUCUGUCAUCAAGAUGCUGGAGUCAAGUCAUUCUGUGAACAUCUCAACUUUCAUCUUGAAAAAAGGAAGUUUCUAAGGCUGAUAGUUGCAAAGAAAUCCUUGAAAACAUGACCCAAGUGUGCUUUAAAAAGCUCACAAACCAGAUAAUUUUAAAAAAUGGUGUUCUUUUUAUUAACGAUCUCAUGAUUGUAAAGCAAAUCUCAUGAUUCUUUCAGCCUGUUGUGAUUCUUAAAUGCUAGUGGCUGGCAAGGCUGCCAACACCAAAACCAGAUCCAAAAACGUUUAACCCUUGGUGGAGCAGGUAGGACAGGCCCUGGAUGGGCUCUUCAGAAAGCAGCUUCUGACACAGAUUAUGAGGGUGCUGGGUUACAUUGUGCCUUAAAUGCCCAGCCCUGUGUGGGUGACUGCACCCUGCCACGGCAUCCAAGCACCCCCAACCUUGCUCCCCCUGUUCUGUCCCUUUUUUAUCCCGUUUUGCACAGGGGGAGGGCUGUCGCAACUUCGCCAGCUGUUACUGCGCAUGCUCACCCCCUCUCUCAGUAAUUACACGGGUAGCCAGAGCCGAGGCUACACCGGAAACAGCUGUUCUGAGUUUGGAAGGGCGCCGGAAGUAACCGCACUGCCCCGCCCCCCCUUCCUCCGCCUGCCUCCCUCCCUCCUUCCGCCGCGGACGUGGGGCGGGGCGAGGGGGAGCCCCCGCUGCUUCCUUGUUGGCGGCUGCUGCGCGGCGCGCGGACUCAGGAUGUCGGUUGCGCUCCGGCGGCUCCGCGAGACGCCGCGGCACCUGCUGGUGUGCGAGAAAAGCCACGUGCGGCAUGAGCGCUCCCGGCACGCGGCGCACGUGCGGAGCCACGCCUACAACUGCCGCGUGUCAUUUUUGAUCCCUGAAUGUGGAAUUCUUCCAGAAGCACUGAAAAGAGUUAUCACAGACUUUGGAGAGUAUUACUUGGUGAAGAAUUUAUCCCUUCAUGAAUUGGUUACACAUGAAUUUAUCAAUACAUUUGUGAAGAAAGGUUCAUGCUAUGCUCUUACGUACAACACAAAAAUUGAUCAAGAUAAUGCUGCUGCUCUACUACCAACUGGAAAGCUAAUUAUAUCAGUAGACAAGGAUACAUAUGAGGAACUUGGACUACAAGGUCGUCCAUCUCAGUAUUCUGGUAGAAAAGUCAUGAGAUAUAUUGUUACCAUUGACUUGACUGACUCGGCCUUUGAUCCUGAUAGUAAGAAACAUAAAAGAGUGCUUUGGGCCUUGAAAGAGAAGAAACCUUUAGAAUUUGAUUUCCUGCUGUCCUGGCAUAACACAGGUGCAGAAGGAUCAACACUGGUGUCAUACUUUUCCAAAAAUCAAAUACAAGCCCAUCAACCAAAAACAACAUUCAGCACAUUAAGAAAUUUGCAGUGUCCAGUGCUCCAUAGUAAUGAACUGCAAGGAAAGCUGGAAGAGUCAUGCAGUGCACAGGAACUGUUUGAAUGGCUAGGUGCUGUUUGCAACAAAGUUGGUUUAGACAACAAGUCAUUUAGCUUCUUAUCAACCUAUUGCUGUCCUCAGCCCAGCACAGUAGUGGAGCAAGCCUAUUUGUGCACAAUCACUGGCUUUAUACUCCCAGAGAAGAUAAUUCAGUUAUUGGAACAGCUGUGUUGCUAUUUUGAUGAACCAAAAUUGGCUCAGUGGGUGACCUUAACCGUGCAUGGCUUUGCAGACAGCCCUGUUUCUUGGAGAGAAAGUGAACAUGGUUUCCAAAAGGGAGGAGAGAACUUGUACAAUUUUGUUGUUUUUAGGAGCCUGGACUAUUGGCUUCAAAUGGCUGUUGGAGCAAAUGAUGAUUGCCCACCUUAAAAGUUCUGCCUGUAGGGAAGUUUCUUAAAAAGAAUUAUCUGAGAUGUGCUUACAAAAUAUCAGACAAUUAAUUAGCCAUUGAAAGGAUCUAUGUAUAUAGGAAGUUUUUCAUGUUAGCAUCUUAUUGCUUCCACAUGACAAGUGGAGAAGUCUUGUUUACUGGAAUGUGUAUUUUUGUCAAAUAUCUAUUUUUAAUAAAAAGUGAAAUCUUGUUA